GCGUUCGAGUUUCGAUUUCGUGUUGAAAUAUACAAAACGCAAGUUAAUCGAUACUGAUCACCGGGAUAUAUAUAUGUACAACGGUUACGCGGAUAGAAAAUGCAGUGCUAAUUGAGUUGUGAAAACCGAAGAAAAGCCGGCUCAGCAGGAGGCGAAAAACAUUUUCCAAACGCAUCAGAUGUAAAUGAGAUGCCGUCGCGCCGGCAGCAAAGGCAGCAGCAAGCAAAACCACGCCGACAUCGCCUCCGGAAAUACCAGGAGCCCCAAGCAGAAUCUGAUUAUCAAGUGAAGAGCAGUGGAACGAGGACUCAAUCCGUUCGAAAAAAUUGAUAAGUCGAUAUAGGAUAUAGUAUAUAUAGGAUAUAGCCAGGGAGAAAAGCAAACAAAUCUAUAGGGGAGUAGGAAUAUCGAGCCUUUCGGGUGGAGGACACACGCCGCGCAUCCAAGAUGAAGCGACGCAACGCGGAUUGUGGCAAGCUUCGGCGGCCAAUUAAGCGCAACAAAAUCACAGAGGGAAUGUACGGAAGCACAACAGUUCUGUACAUGAAGUUUCUUAUCCUUUGGGCCAUCGUAAUGGUUGCCGACUUCAUGUUCAUGUUCCGUUUUGAGUACUUGUGGCCAUUCUGGCUGCUCCUUCGCUCCGUGCACGAUUCCUUCAAGUACAAGGGUCUGGCAUUCUCCGUACUCUUCGUGGGCAUAGCGAUAACGUCGGAUCUGGUCUGUUUGUUCUUCAUACCCGUACACUGGCUGCUCUUCGCGGCCAGCACAUAUGUUUGGGUGCAGUAUGUCUGGCACACAGAUAAGGGGAUCUGUUUGCCGACCAUAAUACUCUGGAUGUUAUUUGUCUACCUCGAGGUGGGCAUACGAUGGAAAGACAGUCGCCACAUGCCGCACUUGGAUCUCUGCCGGCCGUUUGCAGCGCACUGCAUUGGCUAUCCGGUUGUCACGCUCGGAUUUGGCUUCAAAAGCUACGUGGGCUACCGCAUGCGCCAGCGCAAGCAGCGCGAGGUGGCUAAGGACAACGAGUUCUACAUGCAGCUCCUGCAGCAGGCUCUGCCCGCAGAAGAGGCAGCCGAGGAGACAGCUGCGGGGACGACAGCCACGUCUAGCACCGUAGUGGUGGCCAAUGGGUCUGCCACUACACCGGCUCUGGUCGCAUCAUCCGGAGCAACAGCAGCGAACGGCAUUUUGGCCACUGCCACGCAAGCACAAAACCAUCAUGAGCAUCAUCACAGCGGCGGCGCCGGCGCCAGCAGCAACAGCUCGAGCAAUAGCAAUCAUCACCAUCACCACCAUCAUAGCAACAAUAGUGGCAACAGCGGCAGCAGCAGCCAUAAUAGCAACGGGAGUAGCGGCGGCAAGGACAACAGUACGAGCGACAGCACAACGGCGGCCGCAUCGUCGUCCUCUGCAGCGUCUUCAUCAACGGGAGCUGCGGCAGGUGCAUCAUCAGCGUCCACGUCCUCCGCCUCAUCGUCGUCGUCGGCAACGGCGGGCAAGCAGUCGUCGGCGUCUGGCGCAUCCACGGCCACAACAGCAACCUCCAAUGGUCACGCUGGUGGUUCAAGGAACCACCGACGCAGCAUGGACAAGGAUAAGCAUCGCAACAAGGGUGACGCUGCUGAUAAUGAGCACAACAAUGGAACGCGACACGGGGGUAAAAAUAGCAGCAACAACUAUCACCAAGUCGAUAGCGGUGCUGCCACAGCAACCACAACAGUAACAGCCACAUCAAGUAAUAGUAAGGAUAAGGAUAAGGAGAAGUCAGACUGGGAUAGUAGCACCAACUAUCCACAACAACAGCAGCAAGGGGGCAAGGAAAAGCACGACAAAAAGGCAGGCAAUGCUGUUCCCAACGGAAAUGCCAAUCACCUCGAAGUCGAGGAGACGGUCAGUGUGGAGCCGGCACCACCGGCUGAAAAGGCUCCCAAGGGUCGACGCAAUCGCGGCAAGAAAGAUAAUGCAGCAAAGGACAAUCACAGUCAUCAGCAGCAGCUGGCUCAGCAGCAAAAGGAAAAGGACAAGGAGAACACAGCUAAUAACAACAAUACCGACGCUAGCUCGGUAUCAUCAUCGGCGAGCUCCACCUCCAGCAAUGCCAUUGCCAACUUGGCCAGCAAGGUGGUAUCUAAGAUCUGUGAAACCUGCCUGAAAUUGGAGGCAGAUGUGAAAAAAUAUCGCGCUGAAAUCAGCCACAUGAAGCAAAUCGAAAAUGAACUGCGCCAGAAGCUGGACGCUAAUCUCACGAGCAAGUCAUCGCUGCAAGCCAAGCAGAAGGAGUGCGACGAACUGGAGAAGCGAAUUCAAGAGCUAAACAACGCGCGACACGCCGAUAUGCUUAAUCUGCAAACGGUAGAGCGUCGACUCAACGAGGAACGCCGCCAGAAGCAAUCCCUGGACUCUCAGUUAGCCAACGAGAAGAAGGCUCGGAAGGUGGCCGAGGAGAAAGCAGCUCGUCCAGAGUGCAGUUCACAAUGCAAGCAGCGGCGCCAGCAGAUGGAUGAGGAGCAGAAACGACUUCGUGGCGACCUCAAGCAGACGGAGGAGGCAAAGCAACUUGCCGUCGAUCACGGCAGAAAAGUGGAACAAGAGUACCGCAUGCUGGAGGCGAAGCUUCGAAAUCGCGAAUCCUCGCAGCCUGAUCCCGAGAUGCUAUUGAACGCCCUGGCUGCCAUGCAGGAUAAGAACGCAACGCUGGAGAAGAAUUUAUCCGCAGAGACGAGAGUCAAGCUGGACUUGUUCUCGGCUCUGGGCGCUGCCAAGCGCCAGAUUGAAAUAUCUGACAACCAUCGUCGCUCCAAGGAGGAUGAGGUCAUUGAUCUCAAGGCAAAGAUUGCCCAACUUUUGGCCGUGAUGCCAGACACUUUGUGCAUGAACACAGGCCCACAUGGACCAGCGAGUAGCAUUCUGCGGAUGAACGACACUCCGCCGCUACAGUCAGGUCCCGGACCGUCCUCGCCUAUGCUCAGUCUGAGCGCUGCGCAGGAGUACCAGCAGCAUCAGCAGCACCAGCAGCACCAACAGCAUCAGCAGCACCAGCAACAGCAGCAUCAGCAGCAUCAACAGCAUCAGCAACAUCAGCAACAUCAGCAGCAUCAGCAACACCAGCAGCAUCAGCAACAUCAGCAGCACCAGCAGCAUCAGCAGCAGGGUGGUGGUGGUCCUGUCUCCCAACAGCAAAUGGUGCCGGUCAGCGUGGCUACUGCCUUCCAGGUUGCUGCAGCCAAUGCUGCCGCGGCCAAUGGAAACGGAGGAUCAACGCUAGAUCCCAAUGCUAGUGUGUAUACACCCAAGACGGGCAACAUGAUGCCUGUGUCGCCGGUUGGCAUGAACCCCAAUGGGGCGGAUGCCUGACGCCAACAGCAGCAGCAGCAACAGCAGCAACAACAACAGCAGUCCUUGACGUCGUCGUCGUCGUCGUCCUCGCACCUGCAUAUGCGACGACAAGUUUGAGAUUAUUAUACUUUAUAUGAAUUAGGGAAAACAAACGCAAACAACCGUCGCCACAGCAAACGAUGAGCAACCCGAAGCUGGAGCCGGAGCCGGAUCCAAGAAGUUUGCAAACAAUAUCUGAAUGUCCGUAAUAUGAAUAAGCAGUUUCCUUUAAAAAUUAAACACCGCCACAGAAGCGCAGGGAGCACUGAUGAAUGCAGCCUAAAAUUGCUGAACAUUUCCCGUUUUAGAUUUUCAGAACCUCUAUCCAAACCAGUUCUCUGCAUUGAAUUUGGCAUUCCAAUUGAAUUUUUUCUUGAAGGCCUUAAUGAAAAUUCUCAGCUCAUUCAACCCACUGUUUUGAAUCGGCUGCCUCGCCACCACACAACACACAUUACACAUUCAGUAUCUCCCUCUAACACGAAAAGUAAAUGAUUACUUUAACCAGAUGAUUCGAACCUCGAAACAAACACAUUUGAAAACAAUAAGAACAGAACACAAAUUUCUAAAAAUAAUAACUAAAAUGAAAAUGGCGAUUCGUAUUUUUGAUUGAAGAGAAAACGCCAAGGAACUACCUAUUAUCCCUUGUACAAUGUUUUUUAAUUUUUUUACCAAACGCUGUGAGAGAGUUGGACCAACCUUAGUGAUGGCCUUGAUCUUGGGGAGGUGGCAGCUGCCCAGCAUGACCUCUGCCCCCUGAUUCAAUGGAAUAUAUUUUUGAAGUCUGCGCCCUUGAUUUAUUAUCUCAUUAAAUUAUUUUUGUUAUAAUACCUUAAAUGUAUGCUAUAAUUUAGAACUUAUCAUUUUUGAAAACACAUCAAACGAAAAACGAUUUUCUUUUAAGUUUUAAUUUAUUUUUGUUUAGUUCUGCUGUUCCUAAGAAACAAAAAAUCGAAAACAACUAAGAGAAACGCUUUGGUUUAUUUACGAAAAGUGAAAAGUCGACUAUUUUGUUUAAUAAAAAAUAACCUUUCGCUGCGAGAAGCAAGUA